AUGAGCACUACCACAGAUCCUGUAACGAAUAAAGAACCUUCAAUUUCCAAGGAUUCCGAAGAAAUUUUGACGAAGAAGACGCUGGAAGAAGACGAUGAAUUUGAAGACUUCCCAGUCGAUAACUGGCCAAGUAGCGCAACGCUGAGAGAAUCCACACAAUUACAAGCAAACCUCUGGGAAGAAAAUUGGGACGACGUCGAAGUUGACGACGAUUUCGCUAAUGAAUUGAAGAAUGAAUUAGAUAGAUAUAAGCAGGAACACCAAUGA